CCCCGGCCCCCACGGUAACAAAGGCUGGCCCGGGAAGGCAAAUGCGUGGGGAGGAGCGGCAGGAGAUGGGAAGGGCGGGCCCGGCUCGGAGCAGCUGCCGCUUCCUCCUCAAGUCCCUCGAGGGGCCUGAGUCACGGGCCGCCGCCCUGGGUUGGCGAGCUGGGGGCGGAGGUCUGGACACCUGGGUUAUCCGGGAGCCGGGUGAGAAGCCGUGGGGACAGACGUCGGAGGGCCAGGGCUGGCGGCGGGAAGAGAGGAGACCCGGAGCCGAGUCCCACGCGGGGUCGGAGGGAGCGAGGCUCCGCCCGCUCGCCCGGCUCCGCCCCGCGCCCCCUUCCCUCUCCCCAUUGUCCUCAGACAAAGCGGCCGUCUCCCCCCGCCCGGUCCCCUGGUCUCUGUCUCCGUCCCUCCUCCUUGGCUCCCUCUUUCCGUCCUCCUCUCCCUCCCUCCUCCCCUCCCUCCUGUCUCCGGAUCUCCCUCGAUCCCUCUCUCCUCCUCUUCCUCUCUCCUCCUCUCUCCGGACGUCAGGCUCCUUCGCACCCCCUCCCCUGGGAGCCCCGCGGCGUGUGAGUUGACUGAGGGGCUUCAGCCUUGGGGAGGGGGUGUCUCCACUCCCGUCCCCGCUCCCGUCCCCGGCCCGAACCUUGGGCUGUCUCCUCUUUGUGCCGAGAUUGCCUGUCUGUGCGGUCAGAGCCGGGUGGGGAUGGCCGGCUAUGUCGGGGUUCCGUGAGAGCCAAGACCCGGGCACAGGACUGGCAGGCUCCGGAAAAAAGAGCGUUCCCCACCCUCCCCAAGGGGACCAUGGCCACCAUCCCGGACUGGAAGCUACAGCUGCUAGCCCGGCGCCGGCAGGAGGAGGCAGCCGUUCGUGGCCGGGAGAAGGCAGAGCAGGAGCGGCUGUCCCAGAUGCCAGCCUGGAAGCGGGGGCUUCUGGAGCGCCGCCGGGCCAAGCUUGGUCUGUCUCCCGGGGAGCCUAGCCCUGCGCCUGGGACUACGGAGGCUGGACCUCCAGACCCAGACGAGUCUGCUGUCCUCCUGGAGGCCAUUGGGCCAGUGCACCAGAACCGAUUUAUUCGGCAAGAGCGCCAGCAGCAGCAGCAGCAGCAGCAGCGGAGUGAAGAGCUACUUGCAGAGAGACGGCCUGGGUCUUUAGAGGCCUGGGAGCGGAGACUCAGCCCUGGGGAGAUGCGGGAUCAGAGCCCCAAGGGAAGAGAGUCAAGAGAAGAGCGGCUCAGUCCCAGGGAAGCCAGAGAGAGGAGGCUGGGGAUAGGGGGAGCUCGAGAGUCGAGCCCCAGGCCUUUGGAGGCUCGAGACUGGAGGCAGAGCCCAGGAGAGGCUGGAGACAGGAGCUCCAGACUGUCAGAGGUGAGGAAAUGGAGGCUGAGCCCUGGAGAAACUCCAGAGCGGAGUCUGAGACUGGCAGAGCCUCAAGAACAAAGCCCCAGGAGAAAAGAGGUGGUGGAAAAUAGACUGAGCCCGGUGGAGUCUGACAACCAGAAGUUGGGCCUGACAGAGGCCCAUAAAUGGACGCCUGACUCCAGAGAGUCUCAGGAACAGAGUUGGGUACAACCGGAGGCAUCAGAGUGGAGGCUGAGCUCAGGAGAAGAAAGAAAAGACUGCUCAGAGGAAUGUGGGAGACAAGAAGAGAGGCCAAGUCCAAGGAUGGUCCCAGAAGAGAUUACAGCGUUGUCAGAGACCCUGACAAGGGAGGCUCCAGACAGCAGUUCUGGAGGAGUGGAGGCAGCAGAACAGAGACCCACCCCUGCGGAGGAUGGCGAGAGGGGCUUGAGGCUGACAGAAGGGUGGAAAUGGACCCUGAACUCUGGGAAGGUUCGAGAUUGGACACCCAGGGACACAGAGACUCAAACUCAGAAACCAGACCCUCCAGAGUCUGCCGAGAAGCACCUGAGUCCUCUCGCUGCAGAGGCUGGAGAAGGGGAAGCUGAGAAGGAGGAGGCAGGGGCUCAGGGCAGGCCUCUGAGCACCCUGCAGAACCGCUGCUCUGUGCCCUCCCCCCUCUCACCAGAGGACGCUGGGACUGGAGGCUCUAGACAGCAGGAAGAGGAAGCAGGGGAACUCCGGCCCCCACCAGCAGCCCCUCUGUCUCCCCCACCCCCAGCCCCACCUGCCCCCCAGUCCCCUGGGGAUCCCCUCAUGAGCCGGCUGUUCUAUGGGGUGAAGGCAGGGCCAGGGGUGGGGGCCCCCCGCCGCAGCGGACACACCUUCACAGUCAACCCCCGGCGGUCCGUGCCCCCUGCAGCCCCUGCCACUCCGGCCAGCCCAGCCACAGCUGACGCUGCAGUCGCUGGGGCUGGGAAGAAGCGGUACCCAACUGCCGAGGAGAUCUUGGUUCUGGGGGGCUACCUCCGCCUCGACCGCAGCUGCCUUGUCAAGGGGUCCCCUGAAAGGCACCACAAACAGCUCAAGAUCUCCUUCAGCGAGACAGCCCUGGAGACCACGUACCAAUACCCCUCCGAGAGUUCGGUGCUGGAGGAGCUGGGCCCCGAACCUGAGGCCCCCAGUGCCUCCAGUCCCCCAGCGGCCCAACCCGACGACGAAGAGGAUGAGGAAGAACUGCUACUGCUGCAGCCAGAGCUCCAGGGCGGGCUGCGCACCAAGGCCCUGAUAGUGGAUGAGUCUUGCCGGAGGUGACCCUCUUCCAACACUGGGAUAUACCUCCCUCCUUCCCAGAACUGAAGAUCCUGGAGCCCAGAAGAUUCAGAGCAGACAGACCUUGAACAUGAGCCUGGCAGGGAAGGGCAACCCACAUCUUCCAACUUGCUUUCCUCAUCCUGUUUCUGGGGGCGGAGGCAACCGCACAGUUUCCACCCUCAUCAGACAUGCUGGUGCAUCCUAGGUGAUCCAAGAUCCCCAUCAAGUCCUGGGGAGGAGCACAGAACUCACGGGGCGCAGUGGGGGGGUACGGAUGGAGCACCCUCUCCAUCUCCAUGGGCAGGGUAACUCUCCCCACAGCCUUCCUUGACUCCCCACCCGCCCCCUGAGGCUCUCGGGAUUUAAGUACCCAUGUCCCUGGGAGACCUGGCCCCCACUGCAUUUACAGGCACCUCUCCCUCCUGUUCCUUAGGUCACUGCCCCUUUGUUUACAGCGCCUGCCUCCUUUCUUGACCACAGCCUGGUUUACAAAAUCCCCCAGUUCCCAGCCCCACCUGCCAAAGUCCCGGGUUUACAAGCCACGUCUACUUGUGUGUCCACAAAGAAUCCUCUCCCCUGUCCCCUGAAGUCACCUCAUUGGGGUGACCUGGGGGUAUGGCUUCCUCCACCUUUGCUCAGUAUUACUGUCUCAGUUUUCCCCAAGAGGGAAGGCUGGGAACCUUAACUCUGUAUCCCCCUCUAGUUAUUUAAUUCUGUUCCUCCUAGUGGUUCACAAUUGAACUGAAUUGCGAGGGUGUGGGGUGAGUAAUGAGGCGCCUCAACUUUCUUCCCCCAAUUCUCCUUCCUUCUCCAUUGCCUGGUUUUUUUGGUUUUGUUUGUCUUUUUUUAACUUUCCAUAAUAAAGUGGAGCUCUCUCCGAC